UUAUAAUUACGUUCUUUUGAGUUUAUAAUUGUAAUUAUAAAUACGCUAAUCCUAUUUAGGGACGAAAUUUUACAUUACACUAAGUUACUAACACCCCUCAGGCGGCAGUAUUGAAGCAAAAAGGGGAUAGCUGAGCUCGGAAUGGGGAAAGAGGAACAGAAGAGAAGAAAAGAAUACAAGGAGAAUAGGAAGAGGGGAGAAAGAACCCAAGAAAGAAGAGAAAACAAGGCGCUGUGGGCUGUCGCCACCGCAUCCAAGGAGGGGAUACCAUCUGCUUGUGCUGAUUUUUUGUUGGACUGAACUCCCAAUUAGGCUUCUUCAAAGGUGCCUUCAGAAGGCGCGCCUGGCGAGCCCUCUAUAGAAGGCCCUUGCUUGGGCGCUUCGCCUUUGACAACUAUGAGUAGAAUGAGUGAGGCCCUUUCAUUGGUGCUUCAAAGGACACAUUAUUUGACGAAUUCUAGAACCAGUUUUCUAGUUUUUGCUGAUGUUCUUAAAUCAUGUGCUGCAAUGUCAGAUACCCACUUGGGAAAAUCUUUGCAUGGUCAAGUCAUUAAACAAGGGCAUGAUUCGUGCCCGGUUGUUUUGAAAGCUUUGCUGAACAUGUAUGCUAAGUGCAAAGCUCUUGAAGAUUGCCAGAAAUUGUUUGGUGAAUUGAAUGGUCAUGAUACAGUCACUUGGAACAUUCUUUUGUCCGGGUUUGCGGGUUCAAGGUUUCAUGAUUAUAAUGUUAUGAGAUUGUUUAAUAUGCUCCAUGCUGCAUCUGAUCUGAGACCAAGCCCUAUCUCGCUUGCAAUUGUUCUUCCUGUUUACGCGCGCUCCGGCACUCAGGAUGCUGGGAAGAGUAUGCAUGCAUAUGCAAUUAAGUCUGGAAUGGAAACACAGACACUGGUAGGAAAUGCUUUAGUGUCAAUGUAUGCAAAAUGUGGACUUGUUUUAGAUGCAUCUGCUAUUUUCCGUGGAAUUGCUGAUAAAGAUGUUGUUUCGUAUAAUGCAGUAAUUGCAGGUUUGGCUGAGAAUAAGCUUGUGGAAAAUGCAUUUGAACUUUUCCAUGAGAUGAUUGAAGGGCCAGUCCUACCUAAUUAUGCCACCAUUGCAAAUAUUCUGCCAAUUUGUGCUGGUUUUGGUGAUACUGUUGGUCACAUAUUGGGCAAAGAGAUACAUUGUUAUGUGUUGCGACGUACAGAGUUGGAAAAUGAAAUUAUGAUAAUUAAUGCUCUUUUAAGCUUCUAUUUGAGAAUUGGACGAAUACGAGAGGCAGAAUCUUUAUUUGGAAGGAUGAAACUCAGAGACAUGGUCUCCUGGAACACUAUUAUUGCUGGCUAUGCUUCAAAUGGUCAAUGGUGGAAAUCGUUAGAGGCGUUCCGUGAGUUUGUUAAUAAGAAGAUGAUUGGACUGGACGCUGUAACUCUGAUAAGCAUUCUUCCUGUUUGUACCCAGUUAUGUAAUCUGCAAGUAGGAAAGAUGAUACAUGGAUAUGUUUUACGGCAUCCUGCUCUACAUGAGGAUACAUCUAUUGGAAAUGCCCUUAUAAACUUUUAUGCAAAAUGUUGCUACAUGGCAGCAGCAUUCCAUACAUUUUCUCUUAUUCCUCAAAAAGAUGUGAUCUCAUGGAAUACCAUGCUUGAUGCAUUUGGGGUAAAUCUACUAGAGAAACAGUUUGCUGACCUCUUAUCUAGGAUGUUUGUGGAUGGAAUGAGACCUGAUGCAGUUACUAUCUUAACUGUGGUGCAGUUUUGUGCUAGCCUUUCCAGAGUAAAGAAUGUUAAAGAAGCUCAUGGGUUUUCACUGAGAUUGAAUCUUUUACUUACUGAUGGUGAACCCACUCUUGGAAAUGCAUUGCUAGAUGCAUAUGCCAAAUCUGGAAAUAUGGAGUAUGCAUCAAAAAUGUUUGAGAACCUAUCCGGAAAGAGGAAUGUCGUUACUUGCAAUUCGAUGAUUUCAGGAUAUUUGACUUAUGGUUCGUAUUAUGAUGCAAAUAUAAUAUUUGAGUGGAUGUCAGAGAGGGAUCUUACCACUUGGAAUCUCAUGGUGAGAGGUUAUGCUCAGAAUGAGUGUCCUAGUGAGGCUCUCAAGUUGUUUCAUGAGUUGCAGUCCCAUGGAAUCAGACCUGAUGCCACGACUAUCAUGAGCAUCCUUCCUGUUUGUGGUCAAAUGGCUUCAGUUCAUUUUCUGAGGCAGUGCCAUGGAUAUGCAGUUAGGGCUUGUUUUGAGGAUGCUCAUUUAAAGGCAGCUCUUCUAGAUGGGUAUUCAAAAUGUGGAAGCAUAAGUAGUGCAUAUAAACUCUACCAAUCAACUCUUCAGAAAGACCUUGUUGUGUUCACAGCUAUGGUUGGAGGAUUUGCAAUGCAUGGAAUGGGCAAAGAAGCUAUUAGGGUCUUUGACUAUAUGCUUGAGUGUGGUAUCAUACCAGAUCAUGUUGUAAUAACUGCAGUUUUGUCUGCUUGCCGUCAUGCUGGUCUUAUUAAUGAGGGCUUGAUGAUUUUUAGUUCAAUAAAUCAGGUGCAUCAUAUGAACCCGAGCAUUGAACAGUAUGCUUGUGUGGUAGAUCUCCUUGGUCGUGGAGGCCGCAUAAAUGAAGCAUUUUUCUUUAUAAAUCAAAUGCCUAUUGCAGCAAAUUCAAAUAUUUGGGGCGCCCUUCUUGGUGCUUGUAAGACCCACCAUGAUGUAGAUAUGGGUAAUGUUGUGGCUGAUCACCUUUUAAAAAUUGAAACUGGUGACAUUGGAAAUUACGUUGUUUUAUCAAAUCUAUAUGCUGCGGAUGCUCGAUGGGAUGGGGUAUCAGAGAUGAGAAGGCUGAUGAAGAUGAGAGACCUGAAAAAGCCAGCUGGUUGUAGUUGGAUUGAAGUGGAAAGAAGUAAAAAUAUAUUCAUAGCCGGAGAUUGUUCUCAUCCAAAAAGAAACUUAAUUUACAGCAUGUUGAGUCACCUGGAUGAACAGAUCAAAGAGCUUAAGUCUCCUUAUAUUUGAAGACAAGGACAACCAAGUGAUGUUACAGUUUAAAUGGUGAACAUCUGACGAAAAGAUGUUCCAGUCUGUCUUCUCCUUAUUGACCUGGAUACCAGUGCUUCAGUAGUCAAAUUUCAUGGUCUUUCACUUCACUAGAUGAAAGAAAGAUCUUUAGCACUAUAUCCUGAUCACUCAAGUGGGUGGUUGGCCCGUCUCUCAGAAUGCAAAAUGAUAUCUAUUCUUCGUGAAUUCAUAGGAUAUAGUACCGUCCCUCGCCUCUAUAUCCAACUGUGCCAGGAAAGAUUAGGCCAUGAUAUAUGUCGGACAUUCACUGUCCGUUAGUUUGAAGUGCUACUCCGACCUCAGUACCUCAAUCUGCUCUGGUAGUUUGGGAUUGAUGUGCCAACAUAAUGAAGGACCAUGCAACUCUUAAAGCUUAAGUUUGUAGUGAAACCAUUUUAUGUACUCUCUGUGCUAAGACAUAAUUGCAGCUAUGGUUGUCCUUCAGAAUUGUAAAGAUCCUGAAAGCUUAUAAUGUUUGCCUUGCUGGUUUAUUGAAGCAAAUUUAAGGUAUUCGUACUGCAAGAUCUCAAUCUCAGUGAGGUUGGAGAUAAAAGCUAAGAGCGUUGAGCAUAAUCGGUAUGGGGACAGCUCCAGACCCAAAGUACAGUACCACCUGGUGCACCAGUCCUGGAAAUCAAAUUGAGGGAAAUCAGAAGCAGCUUGUAGCAUCAGGUUUUGCAGGGAAGGAAUCUGAUUGGGAGAUCUAAAAGCCAUCAUGAGUUUCUUCUUGAUUGUACGUCUCUCAGGUGAUACCAUGUUCGGUUAUUGUACUAUUUAGUCUAUAAGAGCGGGAUUUGAGUGAUACCAUGUUCGGUUAUUGUACUAUUUAGCCUAUAAGGGCGGGAUUUGAGCUUUUUGUUCUUUCGGUUGUUUUGUAUAUUUCUUAUCACCAGUUAGAAUUAUAGACGUUCACUGGUUAAACGGCCCAAAGAGGCUAAUCUCGAUCUUAUUUGCAUACUCAAACGAUUAGGUUGUGUUUACAAGGGGGUGUGAUGAUGCUGUGGAUAUGAUAGCCGCAGGUGCACAGAAGCUAAUGUUAAUGUUAAGAAUGAAUGUAUUGUGUUUUUAGCCAUAUAAGACUUGAGGACGUAUCCCUAGUUGGCAAUCAACUCAUUUGUUUUUUGAGACAGUGAUGGGAGUGAC